GAGAGCAGAAAUGGAGCAGAAUCAGCUGGACAGAGAAACUUUCUCCUGUUCCAUCUGUCUGGAUCUACUGACGGACCCGGUGGCUAUUCCUUGUGGACACAGCUACUGUAUGAAAUGUAUUAAGACCCAGUGGGAUGCAGAGGAUCAGAAGGGAAUCCACAGCUGCCCUCAGUGCAGGGAGACAUUCACACCGAGGCCUGUGCUAAAGAAGAACACCAUGCUAGCAGCUUUAGUGGAGCAGCUGAAGAAGACUGGACUUCAAGCUGCUGCUGCUGCUGCUGCUGCUGAUCACCCCUCUGCUGGACCUGAAGAUGUGGUCUGUGACGUCUGCAGUGGAAGAAAACUGAAAGCCAUCAAGUCCUGUUUGGUCUGUCUGGCCUCUUACUGCGAGAAACACCUUCAGCCUCAUUACGAUUCAGCUGCUUUAAGGAAACACAAGCUGGUGGAGCCGACCAGGAACCUCCAGGAGAACAUCUGCUCUCGUCAUGACGAGGUGAUGAAGAUGUUCUGCCGUACCGAUCAAAAGAGUAUCUGCUAUCUCUGCUCUGUGGAUGAACAUAAAGGCCACGACACGGUGUCAGCUGCAGCAGAAAGCACUGAGAGGCAGAGAGAGCUGGAGGAGAGACGAGGAAACAUCCAGCAGAGGAUCCAGGACAGAGAGAAAGAUGUGAAGCUGCUUCAACAGGAGGUGGAGGCCAUCAGUCGCUCUGCUGAUAAAACAGUGGAGGACAGUGAGAAGAUCUUCACCCAGCUGAUCCGUCUCCUCCAGAAAAGAAGCUCUGAGGUGAAGCAGCAGAUCAGAUCCCAGCAGGAAACUGAAGUGAGUCGAGUCAAAGAUGUUCAGGAGAAGCUGGAGCAGGAGAUCACUGAGCUGAAGAGGAAAGACGCUGAGCUGGAGCAGCUCUCACACACAGAGGAUCACAACCAGUUUCUCCUCAACUGCCCCUCACUGCCAGAACUCAGUGAAUCUAAAGGCUCAUCCAGCAUCAACAUCCGUCCUCUGAGACACUUUGAGGACGUGACAGCAGCUGUGUCAGAGCUCAGAGAGAAACUACAGGACGUCCUGAGAGACGCAGGAACAAACAUCUCAGUGAUGGUCACUGAGGUGGAUGUUCUACUGUCAGAACCAGAACCAAAGAGCAGAGCUGGAUUCUUGAAAUAUUACCGUGAAAUCACUCUGGAUCCAAACACAACAUACAGAUCUCUGGUACUAUCAGAGGGGAACAGGAAGGUGACAAGGAUGAAUCAGGAUCAGUUUUAUUCUACACAUCCAGACAGAUUCACUUAUUGGGAACAGGUUCUGAGUAGAGAGAGUCUGACUGGACGUUGUUACUGGGAGGUGGAGUGGAGAGGGACAGUUUCUGUAGCAGUCACAUACAAGAAUAUCAGGAGAGUAGGAAGUGGGACUGAAUGCGGAUUUGGAUUUAAUGACAAAUCUUGGGCUUUAUAUUGUAACAGUUCUAAAUUUGGCCACAACAACAUCUGGACCUCCGUCUCAGGUCCAGUUUCCUCCAGACUAGGAGUGUACCUGGAUCACACAGCAGGUCUUCUGUCCUUCUACAACGUCUCUGAUACCAUGACUCUAAUCCACAGAGUCCAGACCACAUUCACUCAGCCGCUACUGGCUGGAGUUUGGGUUCGGCACCACGGAGACUCUGCUGAGUUCUGUAAACCCAACCAGAUUUACUCUGUUGUCUCUGAUUGCUGAUCAGGGUUCAUUGUUCUGAUCUCUGCUCUGUUCUUUACUUUUUCUGGUUUAAAUGUAUUUAUCUGCGUUUUGUUGUUGCGCAACACCCCCCCCCUCCUU